AUGAAGAUACGAGUAGAUAACAUCUCUGACAGGGAAAGCCUCACUUUUCCAUUACCUCUUCUCAUUGGAGAAGUGGAGGGUUAUCAACAAGAUGGCUGCAUUUUAGUAACUUCUUCAGGUGAUCCAGAUGGGGCUAUUGAUUGGCCAGUUGUUGAUGGCUAUUUUAAGGUACUGGUGCGACUACAACCAGGGGAAAACAUAAUUAACUUGCAAUGCAAUCAGGACUCAUUAACUAUGCGGCUGACCUAUAACCUGCCAGGCUUCACACACAUUGUCAGACCAGUAUAUUUAGUCUGUGCAGAUGAUGAUGGAUACUUCCAGGGCCCUGAGAAUACAGACUGCUCACCCGUGUCUGCCAGGCGGAGAAUAGCAUUUGGUGCAGAGGUGAUCCAGACCCUGACGGCAGAGAAGAUGAACGAGCAUGGCUUUGGCCGGGUCACCUUCAAGGUGGAGACAGACUGUGAGAACCUGCCUGUUUGUCAUGAGUUUAAGAGCAAGUUGACCCUGGCAGAGGCGUAUUCUAUGACAGGUUAUGAGCUGUGGAGCUUCUUUGGGAAGGAGUUGAUGACGUCACCCAACUUUUCACACAAGUCACAGUCCAAGUUCUACUGUUUCAUGUCCUUUACCCGCUACCACUUACCCAAAGAUGAAGACAUGCCAAAGACACAUAGUGAUAUUCUGAAACACACCAAAGGACACACUGCAUUGGGUGGGGGAGGCUUGGCCUUGUUUGGCACAGGUAACUUGCACACCUGGGCUGAAGGUCUAGCUACAUUCAACUCUUGCCUGACCAACAGGACAAAAAUAGACAGAAGAAAGUUUAUGGAUGACAGCGCUUACAGGCAAUACUACUGGGCUAACUAUGCUACAGGUCUGGGAGCAUCCCUGCAUGAACUGGGCCACACGUUUGACCUGGCCCACACACCCUCUGGCAUCAUGGCACGCGGAUUUGAUGACCUGCACAAGGUGUUCACAGUCCAGCACAGACGGAAGGGCAGACGUCAUCACCGAUCAUCAGGAUGCCAACGACAGCGGUACAGCAGCAGUGGCAGCAGCAACUCGGAGAUGUCCAGGACACCGUCAGCAAGCAGUGUUGAUGACAGCUCAUCAUCUCUUGGUAGCAGUUCUGACUUGGGUGGAUCAGCAAGUGGACAAAGUGCUGGGGCGACGGCACAGAAUGCCAUCCUUCGGCGUCAAACUGAUGUCUGUUAUGGCAGCCCUUAUAAGCAGACUGCAGCCAGCUGUGAAAAAGCCUACAUCAGUGCCCCCCCUCCUCUGUUGAUCAGUGUGGAGGCUGGCUUCAGACAGAGCACAGCUCCCACCACCCUGACACUGUCUGUGAAGAACUACGAUGGCAGUGAGUCACAACACACCAUUGUGGAAGGGGAGAGGGUGCAGACAGCUACCUUUGGGAAUACAAAUACAAGCAGCGGCUCAUCAUCUUCACAUUCACCAACAUUUGCUGCUCCUUCCACACUGCCAAACUCCCCAGAGGAAGCGUCCGCCACCUCUGACAUCACUCUCAAGCCAGAGGUGGCUUUUGUGGACGCUGGGGCCCACUGGCACAGAUCCUCGGCGGUUGUCUUACGUUAUCACAAAUGGUUUUGUAAAGUCAGUAAAGAUGAAACACGCAAAACAGUUUUUCUUCAAGG